AACGCUUUGCAAGUUUGAAGUUGUUGUGCUUUAGUUCAUAGUUUACCUAACUUACUUAACUAACGGUUAUUUAUUUCGUCGUUGUUGUGGUGUGGGAAGGAAGGAUAAGUCGAGUUGAUACAAGUGGAAAUUGAAGUAAUAAGGUCGACAACAUUUUCCGAGUCGAAAUUUCAAAAGGCGACAAAAGGCUCGCUUAUUUCCUCUUCCUCAAGUUGAAGUAUAAAAAUAAUCAUAAAAUGGCGAAGUUAUUGAGUGAGGGUGGAAUUCGAUACUUGGAGGAGCUGAGGUCACCCAAUAAAGACGACACGGAAGCCAAGAAAAUCGCAGUGGAACUUCCUGACGUGCCUUUGCUUAUACAGGAAGAUAAUCCUUGCAAGUGGGACUUGGUCUUUGUCUGCUCAGACGGAAUCGUUUAUGGUCAUCGACUUGUUAUAUCAAACGCUUCAAAGUACAUUAUGCACAUGUUGGAUGAUCAGCCUCCGUGGUACACAACGUAUAUUCACGUUUUAGACUUGCCAACACGCAUUGUUCAACUGCUUGUGGAUUUAGCAUAUACUGGAGAAAUGCGAAUGACUGAGGACCUUCAGAGCGAUGUCAUUGAUGCUAUGCAUACUUUGGGCUGGGUCCACACUGAUUUACUCUCAGCCGACUAUGAUGUUGCUGGAGAACCUUACGUGUAUCAUGCAGAUUUAAAAAGUCCCAAACGUGAAAAACAUAAUCAAGGAGGAGCUGCUAGUAGCAUUAUAAAAGAGAAUCAGACUGCUAGAAAAUCGUCACCAAAACGAUCUAAUGCAUCUAAUGUUGUAGACGAAGAAGAUGCAAUGGAGAUUUCACAGUUGCCCGAUGUUGAUUUGUCCGAUUCAGAUGAUGACAAAUCCAAAUUGGAAUUGGGUAGCCGUCCCUCGCGAAAGAAGAUUGCAGCCUCAGAAAAAAGAAAGCCGAAGCGAGGUAGGAUCGUAGGGAAAUCCAAAUCUGAGGCAAAUAAUUCACUUUCGAAGAAGCUGCCAGAAGAAAAAGGAAUGGGGGAACCAUCAACGUCAAUUCGAAAAAGUUCUAGACGAACAUCAUUGUCAUUGUCGGAAGAAAAUAAAAGCGUCAGCAAGAGUUCAGUCGAAAGUAAACCCAAGUUAAAAGGCAAAACAAUCGCGAAAACAAAGGAUAACGAAGAUGCGGUUUUGGCCGAUGAGGAGCCCAACCAGGCAACCCAACCUUGCCAACUUGGUGAGGGAGGCAGCAGUGUUCAUGAUUCCCCUGGUAAACGGCAAAGAAGAAAGCCAAAAAGAUUUGAAGAGUAUGAAGAACUAGAUAAACCUAAAGCUCGGGGUUCUCCAGUCAAAUCAAUUUCAGAAACUAAGAGCUCACGAGGUGGAAAAAAAUCAGUUAACCAACAACCAGAUCUCGCUGUUUCUGAAACAUCAUCGAACCCCCAAAAUCAAUCAUCGACCAAUAGUUCACAAGAUGAUGCCAAAUUAAUGAAACCUUCCAGUAAAACACCACAAGCUUCCAGAGAAGCAAGCAGUUCCACUUCUACCAACAGAGCUAUAAAGUCCAAAAGUGUUCCAAAACGUAAACUCAGUACGGAAAUCCCCCAAAAUCCUUUAAUCACUUCUUAUUUUAACAAAAAGGAAUCUAGCAAAACAGAAAAACAAGAUGGGUCCUCAAACCUGAGUCAAAAUUCAGUUGCAACUAAUGACACAACCAGUAAUUUACCCGACCUUGAAAAGAGCAAUGACAACGAAUUGGAUACAAAUGACAAUAAGUUACAAGUUUCUGCAUCAAGAAUAUCAAGUAAAUCUUCAAGUAUUUCCGAAAGGAACCAAUUACUACCAGGAAAUGAUUCUACAGAUGACGACGACGGAGAAUAUGACAAUAUGCCAAUCUUGUCUUCAUCCAUAGAAAUGGGUGAAAAGCUCAAGGACAAUAAGCAAAAAUCUUUUGACCUAUUUGACGACAUUAGAUCAUCUCACAUUGAUAAAACAACGGAAGAUGGUGAAUCUGGAACGCAGGAAAAUGGCGAUGGGUCUGAAGUGGAUAAACAACCUGCAAGAAGAAGCUCAAGAGUUGCAUCAAAAGCUCACUCAUCAGAUGAAAAUGAAGAUAACAUAGAGCAAGACGAUUGCAUGGCAAGAAAACGUGCCCGUAAAGAAAGUACUGAAACAUCUACUAGCCUUAGGGAUCAGGAUGUACCCCCUCGGAGAUCAUCUAAGCAGUAGAGCAUAGAUGCAGCGGUAAAUAUCGCCAGGAAGUUGGUAAUAAAUAAACUGUAGUCCAUUAACCAUUUUUGAGGACUGUCGGAAACCAAAUGGACACAAAAUGGUGUAUGCUAUUGACCGAAGUAUGUACCAACUACAAAAAGCUACACAAGUAUAUAAUUAUUAACUACUCGUUUAGGAUGUUUCAAUACUACUUCAAUCUCCUUACUAAUUGGAUAUAUAAUAUAAUAUAAUAGUUUUAGUUUUGCAAUUUUCUAUUCUUAGAAUCAUACCUAUUAUACGUGUAUUUUAAUGUAAUUGUUUCCGAGAUGUAUUAUUAUUACUAUUUAUUGUUAAUAUGCAUAGUUAUUUAUAAUAUGUUGGAGUUGAUUACUGUUUAUGCUUUAAAAUAAUAACGGUUAAUUUAUUUUCUAUAUUAUCCAACUAUAAUAAUUGUAAUUAUAUAUUAUCUUAGAAUCAAGUGCAAUGUGGUACUAUUAAUGUAUUAUAAUAUAAUAUUCUAUAUAUUAUAUGGAAUUAUAUGCAUAACCAACAAUACAAUGGUUACAAUGCGUCAAAAUGCGUUUCAUGGUCGUGCCUUACUGUAACUUAUGUACCACAAAACAAAGUCAAUCAGUAUCAGGUCGUAAAACCACAAAGCCAUUCUUUUUAUAUGUGUUAUAUUGUCAGCAUCCAAACCUGCCUAACUAACAACAGACUAUAAAUUAGACUUACUAGUAAGUAGACUUAGUAUCAAGUACCAACGUUAUUAAGCUUGCAUUUAUAAAUCUUGUUCUAAAUAAAUUAAAUAAUGAUUUUACGAGUUUAAUUUUA